UCUUUCCUUAGACGGCGUCAUGCACAUGUGAGAUCUAGGGAGAGGAAGAGGAGGAAGGGUUGUGGGGACCGGGGGUGCGAGAUGGUGGAUUCACCUGCAACUACAAGAAAACAAAGAGCGAGAGAUUUACAGAAACCUCUAGAGCCGUGGAGGAGGAGGAGAUUUGGAGGAUCUCUACGACACUGACGGAUUAGUUAAGGAACGAAAGAUCACAUCGUGUCCGGUAACCAGAUUCAGAUGUGGACGCCGUGCGUGGGUGCGAGGCCAAGCCGAGGUGAAAGAGAUUCGACGAUUGAGAAUACAUCAAAGAAUAAAAAUGUGGAACUCGUAUUUUCAGAUGAAGAGCGUGACCAAGAACUUCCUGAUUUUUCAUCAUUUAUUCCAUUCUUACCUCCUCUGAGUGCAGCUAAUCUAAAGGUCUACUAUGCCACACGUUUCACCAUCAUAGUUGGGAUAAUGGUGUUCGGUGGUUUUCUUGCACCAAUCGUAAGUCACAGUUCUCAAUUUUGGAACCACUGA